CAUUCCGAAUCCUGAUAAAUAUACGCGACUACAAGCAACAUGUCAUCUGCUAAAGGAGUUGCUAUUGGGAUUGACCUGGGCACCACUUACUCAUGUGUGGGGGUGUUUCAGCAUGGAAAAGUGGAGAUCAUUGCUAAUGACCAGGGCAACAGGACCACACCCAGCUACGUGGCCUUCACAGACACAGAGAGGCUUAUUGGGGAUGCUGCGAAGAAUCAAGUGGCCAUAAACCCCAACAACACAGUGUUUGAUUCCAAGAGGCUGAUUGGCCGGAAGUUCGACGAUCCGGUCGUGCAGUCCGACAUGAAGUACUGGCCCUUCCAAGUCAUCAGUGAUGGAAGCAGGCCAAAGAUUCAAGUUGAGUACAAAGGAGAGAAGAAGUCCUUUUACCCUGAAGAGAUCUCCUCCAUGGUCCUGGUGAAAAUGAAGGAAACUGCAGAGGCCUACCUGGGUCAGAAGGUAACCAACGCUGUUAUUACUGUACCUGCCUACUUCAAUGACUCUCAGAGGCAAGCAACCAAAGAUGCUGGUGUGAUUGCUGGGCUGAACGUCCUAAGGAUAAUCAAUGAGCCCACAGCUGCAGCGAUCGCCUACGGCCUGGACAAAGGCAAGCAGGGAGAGCGCAAUGUGCUGAUCUUUGACUUAGGAGGGGGUACGUUCGAUGUGUCCAUCCUGACAAUUGAAGAUGGCAUCUUUGAGGUGAAAGCAACAGCAGGAGACACACACCUGGGUGGGGAGGACUUUGACAACCGCCUGGUCAACCAUUUUGUGGAGGAGUUUAAGAGGAAGUGCAAGAAGGACAUCAGCCAGAACAAGCAUGCACUGAGGAGAUUGCGCACAGCCUGUGAGAGGGCCAAGAGAACCCUGUCCUCCAGCUCUCAGGCAAGCAUCGAGAUCGACUCCCUGUAUGAGGGCAUUGACUUCUACACUUCUGUUACCAGAGCACGUUUUGAGGAGCUGUGCUCUGACCUGUUCAGGGGAACACUGAAUCCUGUGGAGAAAGCCCUUAGAGAUGCCAAAAUGGACAAAUCCCAGAUCCAUGACAUUGUCUUGGUUGGAGGUUCUACGAGAAUCCCCAAAAUCCAGAAACUUUUGCAGGAUUUCUUCAACGGCAAAGAGUUGAACAAAAGCAUCAAUCCAGAUGAGGCAGUGGCUUGCGGUGCUGCAGUUCAGGCUGCCAUCUUAAUGGGCGACACAUCUGGAAAUGUCCAGGACCUGCUGCUGCUGGAUGUGGCCCCGCUGUCUCUGGGCAUUGAGACCGCAGGUGGAGUCAUGACCGCUCUCAUCAAACGCAACACCACCAUCCCCACCAAGCAGACCCAGAUCUUCAGCACAUAUGCAGACAACCAGCCCGGUGUUCUGAUCCAGGUUUACGAAGGUGAAAGAGCCAUGACAAAAGACAACAACCUGCUGGGGAAGUUUGAGCUGACGGGCCUCCCACCUGCACCUCGAGGAGUCCCUCAGAUUGAGGUGACCUUUGACAUUGACGCCAAUGGCAUUUUGAAUGUGUCGGCAGUGGACAAAAGCACUGGCAAAGUGAACAAGAUCACCAUCACCAACGAUAAGGGCAGGCUGAGCAAGGAGGAGAUUGAGAGGAUGGUGCAGGAAGCAGACAAGUAUAAGGCAGAGGAUGACCUGCAGAGAGAGAAGAUUGCUGCUAAGAACACUCUGGAGUCCUAUGCCUUUAACAUGAAGAACAGUGUGGAAGAUGAGAACUUGAAGAACAACAUCAGUGAGGAUGACAAGAAGAAAGUCACUGAGAGGUGCAACCAAGCCAUCAUGUGGCUGGAGAACAACCAGCUGGCUGAAAAGGAGGAGUACGUACAUCAGUUGAAGGAGCUGGAGAAGGUGUGCAACCCCAUCAUCGCCAAACUGUACCGGGGAGGGAUGCCAGCUGGAAGCUGUGGAGCUCAGGCCCGUGCCCGCUCAGGGGCCGGCACCCAGGGGCCCACUAUUGAAGAGGUCGAUUAGGGACGUGAACUUCUUGUAUGGACUCAAAGUGCUCUUUUUGAAUUAGUUUCUCCUGAAGAAAAUGUUGUUGCCUGUAUUGUUCAGUUGUGCUUCACAGCAUGUGGAGAAUUAGCUGAUGUGGACAAUAGCAUCUUUUGUCAUUGCUAGUCCAUUAAUAACGUUUAGAACCUUGUAACACCAUCAAUAUGUGAGAUUUAUCAUUACAAUGUUUUACCAGUGAAACUUUUUACAAAAAGGUAAAUAUUACGGUGUUGUAAAUAUUCAUCUAAAUAUAUUUUUAUAUUUAUUGUUAAUAAAAGGUUCUGAACAAAAUGGCUUA